UUGUAUACAAGAGAUUCGAGGAACAGUGAGGAGCAAAGGGUGAACCGACAUGUCAGAACUCGGAAGCGAAAACUGUGAGAAGAUGAGCGAAGAAACCAGCACCAAAGCCGAAGUCUCGUCUAAGCCUUCGUCCAAAUCGUCGAACGUAAGUAAGAAAGGGAAGAAGAAGAACGAAACGGAAGAAACGACUGAGAAAUUGAUCGAAGAAGCAGUAAUGGAACCAGAGCAGAAAAACUCCGAAGAGUCUUUUAGCUCCACGGAGCUUAACAAUUACAUUACGCCAGAUACUCCUUCCCCCGAACCAGCUAAAAAUGAGACGGAAGAACAGACGAUUUUUAAAGACGUACAUGAAAGCUUGUCGGCAUCUCCGGUAAUUGAAAAUGGCGAAGCUUAUAACAAGAAAGAAGACAAUGAAGACCCGAAUGAAAUACCGACUGCAGCGAUAGCUUCUACUUCAAAUAAUACAGAAGAGUCGACCGGAGGGCAGAAAAAGGAGUGUCUGUUUAAAAUCAUCGUCAUUGGAGAACUCGGCUCUGGAAAGACGUCCUUCAUAAAAAGAUAUGUCCACCAGUUCUUCUCGCAGCACUACAGAGCAACAAUCGGUGUCGACUUCGCGCUCAAAGUCAUCAACUGGGACCCUAACACGACCAUCCGCCUCCAACUGUGGGACAUCGCAGGACAAGAAAGAUUUGGAAACAUGACGAGGGUGUACUACAAAGAAGCAGUUGGCGCAUUUAUAGUUUUCGACGUGACAAGAGUAGGCACAUUCGACGCAGUCACCAAGUGGAAGCAGGAUCUGGAUGCCAAAGUGCAGCUUCCCGACGGAAGCCCAAUUCCUUGCAUUUUAUUGGCCAAUAAAUGCGAUCAAGCUAAAGAAGGACCCGUCAACAUUCCUGGCAGAUUGAAAGAGUUCUGCGAAGAGCACAAAUUCGCCACCUACUUCGAAACGUCCGCCAAGGAGAACAUCAACGUCGACGAGGCUGCCAAAUUUUUAGUCGAAUUGAUUUUACGCAACGACAGGUCUAGGGACAAUGGUACCGUUGAACAAGAUCCAGGACGAUUUCGGCUAGACAGCGCGAGGACCGCGGAAAAUAAGAAAGGAGGUUGUAAUACCUGCUGAGUUGACUUUGUUAUUCCUAAUAAAAAAAGACGAACAUAGUUCAAUUAUAAACCUAAGAUGUCGCUCAAUGUUAAACGAAGAUUGAUUAUCCGCAUGAACUGGAUGACGGGAGGAUUUCAAAAAUCCCCUCGUAGAAGGUUCGCGAUAAUUAUUACUGAUUUAUAUUAUUUAUUUUAAACUUGUUGAAUUGAUGUUAUAUAUAUUAUUUAUUAUAAUUUAUGCGUCGAAUUCACUGUAAAUUUGGUUUCUUGUGUGUAUAAAGCGUAUAAUUGGAUGUUAGAAAAACGCAUAGUCUUUUUUAUAAAUGUUA